AGCCAUGAAACUUAAAAAAAGAAAAGUGAAAGCAUUGACCUAGGUUUCUAUUCUCUAAGAGUUCUCGAACCAAACAAAAAUAACAGAAAAAAACAUUUAUUUUUUGCGUAUUUUUUGGACAGAGGGAUAGAUAAUAAUACUACACAGAUCAAUAAAGUUGUUAACUUUAUUUUGUUAUUACUUUCAAAUCUUAUAAUCAUCUACAUCAAUGGAAAUCACGUUGCGAAAGACCAGAGGAAAGUGGUAUAUUUACAUGGAAUCUUGGUAAAAUACCAAUAUAAAUAGAGAUGCAUUGAAUGUACCAGUGAAAUACCUAUGCAGCUAUCGAUAUAAUAAAAUAUCAGUCGAAGAUCAUUUACCAUGCUUUCAGUGUGACCAGCUCAGAUGCACCAGAAAGUGUGCUUAAGAAUAAUAAUUCUUUGAAAGAAGAAAGGACGAAGAUAAAAAGAAAUACCUUUGACACAAAAGAUUUCAAAAAUAUGACAUAUAUGUAAUGUGCAGGUGCAAGCUUGUGGCCACAGCACAGAUGUAUAGACAAUCAUAAGACUGUUUCCAUCUGUCAUGCAAAUCCUCUAGUGGAUAUCUUAUGAGGCUACUAAGGGAAAAGUCUUGGCACCUGAUAGUCUACAAUAUUAUUCCCAAGGAGGGUUCACAUCAGGCAUGCGGCCGAUAUCUGAAUGAUCAAAAAUCCCUGAUUGAUCUUAAAUCUUUGUUGGUUAAGCUUUUUGUAAUGAACGAAAACACUGAUUCUGUCAAAAUGAAACAGGAGCUAUGUAUUGGUCUGGAAAAAAACCACCAAACAGAUGAUGGCGUUGUAAAAACUGAGCCAGUGAUCGAUAUACCUGGCCGUGUUAAAGUUGAGCCCGAAACUGAUGCGAAUGAUGCGGUCGUCAAAAUUGAACUGAAGUCAGAAGUUGAUAUUACUAAUACUGUAAAUGUCAAAACAGAAGAAUCUCCGUGUCCAGAAGUGGGAUCGUUUAACGUCUACGACAUCAAGUUUGAGAUUGAUGAGGGUAGCCCAACGGUAGUGAAACACAAGGAUUGUGACAUGGAAGAUGUCGCUUCAGCGCAGACGUCGGACGCUGGCAAACGGAAACAAGUUACAGGAAGUACAAAUGACAGGAAACAUCGCAAUCCUCGACUAGAGACAACAACUCGGACUGGUCCCCACGAGUGUAACGUGUGUCAACGACAGUUUGCGCAAAAUUCAGACUUAAAGAGGCAUUAUAGAAUUCAUACCGGUGAGAAACCAUACCAAUGUGAAGUUUGUCUGUCCCGAUUUAGCUCUAAACACACUUUAUCAAUGCACUACAGAAUCCAUACCGGCGAGAAACCUUUUGAAUGUGAAGUGUGUCAACGAAAAUUUAGUUGUAAAAGUACUUUAACAACUCAUAAGAGAACUCACACCGGUGAGAAACUUUUCCACUGUGAAGAUUGUCAAAAGACGUUUACGAGGAAAAGUGAUUUGUUGAAACACUUUAGAAUUCAUACAGAUGUCGCUUCAGCGCAAACGUCGGACGCUGGCAAACGGAAACAAAUAGAAACCACACUCGACAGGAAACAGCGCAAGCCUCAACAAGAGUCAACACGGACUGUACAGGGCCCACACGAGUGCAAUGUUUGUCAGCGACGUUUCAAUCGAAACGGAUAUUUGUUAGAACAUUUGAGAACUCACACCGGCGAGAAACCUUUUGAAUGCGAGGUCUGUCAAAGGCGUUUUAGCAAAAAAACGAAUCUACUGAGCCAUAUUAGAAUUCACACCGGUGAGAAACCUUUCCCGUGCGAUAUUUGCCACAUGCGUUUCAGUAAAAAGACUAAUUUGCUAACGCACAUCAUAACACAUACUGGCAAUAAGCCAUUUCGAUGUGACGUGUGUCAAAAACGGUUCAGUCUCAAGGUUAACUUGAUAAGUCACAGUAGAACUCAUACUGGUGAGAAACCUUUCAAAUGUGAGGUUUGUCAAAAGUGUUUCAGGUAUAAGGCAAGAUUUUUGAGUCAUAUUAGAUCUUAUAGUUGUGAGCAGGAGAUUGUUAUAUGUUAACUAGUUGUUUACCCGCGGCUUCGUCCGCUUAAAUGCCCCCGGGGAUAGUUCUUUCUUCGUAUUAAAAUGGGAUUGGGAUAGCUGAAAUCAAAUAUCUCACGAACAUCCUAUCGGAACAUCGGUUUCCUCACGAAGCUUUUCCUUCAUCGGUAGCAAAAUAUGAAAACUACGUAUUACGAGUCAGAUUGGAAUACAAACUCAUGUGCGAGGAGGUCUACCAUGAAACAAACACGUAGCAACGUCCACAUGCUGUCUCUUUUUCCCAUAUCGUGUGAGAAAAGAGAUCGUAUGGACGCAAUGACGUUUAAAAUUGUAAUGCGUGUCUAUUUAUCCUAUUAUCGAUGUGUGUGUCACAAAUUCCUAUUUAAUAAAACUUAUACAUACUUUAUAUA